AAACCAUAGAUUGAAUUAAAACCAUUCAAGUCAAAAACUGUAGGUUUAUCGCAGUGUUCUGGCCCAUCAACAGCUUCAAAACAUCUGGGUACGUUGAGCAACACUAACUACUUCAAAGGAAUCAUAAGAAAUCAUAAUGUAUAGCCAUUCCAACUUGUCAACUUCAUCUGCGGGUUCCCGCUCUAAGCGAUUGUCUUCGAACAACCCUUUCAGGUCGGCUAUUCUACAAGAAGAAUCAAGGAUGGUCGGUGAUGAUUUGAAUUACAGGCGUUGGUUGGAGAAUCACGCGGAAGAAAGUAUGGAUUCAGACAACGAGAUUCAUCCUUCAACAAAGACUUAUACUGAGCCAGAAUUGUAUUCUGCGAAAUCAGAGUCAUCGAUACUUUAUUCCAAGAUGUCUAACAAUCCGUUCACCGAAAUGUUAUCUCCUUCUUCAACUGGAACUGGAAAUGUUCGAAAUCAUUCACAAGGCAGUUUGUCAAAACCUUCUCACCAGUUGCCAGGAAAACCUCAUAAACAUGCCCAAUACGAUGAACACUCUGAUUAUUAUGAUGACCAUGACCUACCGCCUCCUUACGAUGAAGUCACAAAUAAAUACCAGAAAGAUGAGUAUCCCAAAGACGAGAAAUUAAAACAAAGCAGCGAGUCUAGUUCAAGCGAGUCUUCUCCUAAUCCAUUUCCUGCGUCAUCCUCCGCCCCAAAGCAAUAUUAUAAAACCCGUAGGGAGCAUAAUGGAAAACGGUUGGAUGCAGAGCAGAUGACAGGGACAGUGGUCACUAAAAUUGCGCCAGAUGGCAGAGUCAGAUCUAAAAGUGCGGGUGAGUCUAGCAGACCACACAAGUCUAUUGAGUACAGAUCCUCUCGCGGCCACAAAGAGCAUAGAUCUCAUCGACACCAUCGGUCCAAAAAACAAACUGUGAUGGAUAAACCAAAGAACCUGGAUACCAUAGACAAGUUGGAUGUUACUGGGUUUUUUUCGGGUGGCGGUUUUCACCACGAUGGUCCAUUUGAUGCUUGUACGCCUCAUAGAAACAAAGAUACUAAAGCCGCACCCGUUAUGGCGUUCCCAGUUGAUGGUCCAAAUAAUUCGAUCAAAGGGAUGGCUCCCAAGAACAACAGGGAUCAACAAAUUGAUAUGGUAUUCGGUUACAAUGAAGAAGAGCCAAUAUACACAUCAACAUCAAAGGGCGUUCAACCUGCAGGCAAAAGCCCAUACAGCAAUGGAGUCGUGGUAAAGCGAGCUUCCGCUUCAAAUAGCACAUUUCUUGAUUUAAAGCCUAACCCAAAUGUCGUUGCAUUUGACUCAAAUGUGAAGUCUGCUCCAAUCCAUGGCGAUACAACUUUGGGGCUUGGCUCUUCCACAUUCUUAGAUGGGGCUCCGGCCUAUGGAGUUCACGAAAAGAAGGAUGGAGGGGAGCUGGGUAGAAAGAAAAGUCUUGUGGAUAGAUUAAGGAAGAAAGAUGAUGAAACCACGGGUUUACUAAGAAGAGUCAAAAGUUUGAAAGUAUCCAGACGAUAGACAACGGAGAAGUCAUGCAAUUUUGUUUUCCCUACGCUCGUACUUGUUUUAGUUUGAAAGCUGAUGGACCCAUCUACACUAUGAAAAGGUUCCACUGUUGUUUCUGUUAAAAUGUUAGCUGUAACUGAUCUCUAGCAGCUUCAGAAUUUAUUUUUUUUUUAUCGCUAGUACAAACUGAAGUGUGAGGAGUGGUAUAACUUAUCGCAAUAAGAUUUGUGCCACUCUUACGAAUGAGCUGUAAUAACUCGAUUUAUCCUACCGUGUUUAUUCGAUCCGUGGAUGGGCAUAUCAUAAAUGAGGACCUCAGCCCCAUUAGCUGGUCUGAGCAGCAGCUAAAUAUAUUAAAAGGUAUAGUUAAACAUAUUAGUCCGAAAGAUCAUCAAUUCAGCGUGAGUUUCAAUUUCACAGAACUAAGCAAGUCCUGGCAAAUUAGCAAGGAUCGCAUUUAUGCAAAGAUUAUUGAGCUAUAUUACAUUAGAGAUACUUCACCAAAUCAGCUGAAUGUCGAAGAUUCUAGCAGCAAGGAUAAGCAAAUUUGGUUCGAGCGAUCAUCCGACAAAGACUGUGAAAAGCAUCAUCCUGUUCAUGAGUUGGAGCUGCUGAAAAUCAACCCAAUAAAUUCGGACCACAGCGACACAGCAGGACUCCAGUAUAAACAACCAUUCUCUUUGGGCCAGACUCCUUCUCUGGAUAUUGGUUCAAUGAGAACAGGUCCAUUGGAUGCAGACAACUCAAACUCUAGUUCAAGUGAUGAAAGUAAUACAAACAUGGUGGCAACUUCAGCAUAUCUCUAUCGAUCGAAAUUCAUACAGCGUGAAAUUCCAAAUCAAAUUGGCCAAUCUGAUAACGAAUUUGAACAGGAGAUCAAUAACAAUGACUACUUGUUGACGGGGACAACCGAGAGUUUAUCAAAAUCACUAUUAGAGCAAGAGCUCUUAGAGCGUAUUUGAAUCAUAUACCAGGCCGCGAAACUAUCUUCAUUUGAACUCGUGUGAGGAUUUGAAAAUAUGAGUAUAAUCAGUCUUCUACUAAAACAAUCCUUCAAUAUUACUCAAUUUUUGUCAGCAUCAAAUUCAACCUUAAUAUAAGGUUCCUGAGGUCCGUUUAGAUCUGACUUUUUCCAAACUCAAGUGACAUGAGCGAUUGGAAGGAUUUCAAGAGUUUCGCACUGUGUGGAAACGAAGAUUAUAUUGUAGAACUA